AUGGCACAAGUUGUAUCACCACGUCGUUUUUGUUCAGAGGGUUCGAGUCAUUUAACUAGAACAAGUUCAGAUGCAUUCUAUCGUAAUAAUGACGGUAAUACUCGCGUCAUUAUUGAUAAAAAUCUAGCUAAACGUCAGUAUCAUUUACAACGAGCACCUAAUGUCAAUACUAGUCUUCAUUUGGAUAGUUCAAAUGUGGGGGGUUAUGGAACACAAGGAUAUUUUGAAAAUAUUGUACGUAAACAAGAAAACAACAGUUCUUUUCCACCGAUUAGAACAGCCUAUCAGCGACCAUUCGAUAUGUUUAAUAAAUCGACAGGAAAUCUCACACAGGAAAAGGUUCAAGUUAAUCCUCAACGAAGUAUUUCAAAUGAACUAACAACACUACAGAAUUAUCCUACAACGAUUACUACAUUUCGACAUGAAUUAGGACCUAACAAUGAAGUUGCUUCCUGUUUGACUGAUCGAUCAGUUUCCAAUGACGAUUAUAUUCAAAGUCAGGUUUCUUUUACAUCUCAACCUGAUCUAACCUAUAGUUCAGCAUCGCAACAAAACUUUAUGACGAAAUCCGAUUCACCAGCAAAAUAUGAAGCUAAUAGUGCUGAUCCAUUUCUAAAAUCUCAAAGUCAUUCAUCACUCUAUGAUAUACGUACAGGUGAUGUUCUUAAAUGGGAUCGUACACAACCACGACAGGUUAAUUAUUAUCGAAAACCUGUUAAUUGUGUUGCUCCAUUACCACGUGCACAUCAAAUAUCAGGUUAUUCAGGUUCAAUUGGUGGUUCUAAUUUACAAGAUAUUGAUAAUCCAGCAGUUGAUUUUAAGCCUUAUACUAUUCUUCGAACUAAUCAACCAAAAUAUACAAUGAAUUCAUCUAAGCCAAAUAUUCCAUUUUAUACAGGACAUACACACUGGAGUAAAAUUGGUCCUGUAUCCUAUCAUGAUCAAUUUGGUGAUGCUUAUACAACAUCAGGCGACGCUCAUAGACCACUUCCAAUCGAUAAUUCAUUAUAUCGUCAUGCUGAUAUACAUGGUAUAUUUUCAAAAUCUAUAAUAAAUGCUAUGCCAUCCAAUCCAUAUAAUCGAGUUGAUAAUAUUAUCGAAUCAAUGAAUGGAUCACUAGAUUCUCGACCUAGUGUUGUAAUUCGACAAUUACCUAGAAUAAAAUUACCACCACGACCACCACCACCUGUUAUUAUAAGAACAGAAGAAGAAGGAGAAGGAAAUGUCAAUAAAGAAGCUAAAACUUAA